AUGAAAGAUCUGCAGAAUGAAAUUUGCAAACAAAAGAAUAUUGGCAAUGUACAAGAAGAUCGGCUGAGCCAGGCUGAAAAGUCUAUUCAAGAAUUUACACAUGAACGGGAAAUGCUCAUUGAAAAGCUACAAGCCAAUAAAAAAAAUAUAGCACAGUUGCACAAUGAUUUGGAUGUCGCAAAGCAAUCUUACAAUGUCGAUUUGGAACGAUGGUCACAAAAGAACUUUUUGUUGCAAAAUGAGUUGGAUUCAACGGGAACUGAAUUGCAGGAUACUCUUGGUAAAGUGCAAGAAUACAAGGCAAGAGUAAUACAACUCAAAGAAGACUUGGAAAAAACAAAGCGUCUUCAUCAUGACUCUGCAAGCCAAGUUGAACAACACAAAGAGACCAUCCAAAAACAAAAUGGUGAGAAUUUGCAUUUAAGAGAGCAGAUUGAUCUUCUAAAGGAUAAAAUUACAGAAUGUCACAUUCAGGCAAAAGCUUCUGAAUCUACUGCAGAUCUGUACAAGCAGAAAUGUCAAGCAAACACAGAUAGAAUACAAGAGCUAGAGAAACUUGUGCGAAGCUCUGAAGAAGAAUCAACAUAUUCGAGUAAUCAGAUAUUUGAGCUGAAUGAGACAGUCUGUAAGUUAAAAGAUAAAAUAGUGACCUUGCAACAUCGAUAUGAAGAAAAGUAUAGCCAAAUGGAAACUUGUGAAGAGAUGAUUGAUCAACUAUCAGAAGAGUUGAAUGCAAGACAAGAGGACUCACAAAGUAACAAAGAUCACACUGCACAGUGUGAACAAUUAAUUGAGACAUUAAAAGACGAGGCCCAGAAGAUGCAAAGAGAGAUUGCAGAACAAACAGAGGUAAUACUACAACUCCAAUCAGACUUGACACAAUAUCAAAUCAACCAUCACCAUUCCAAUAAGGAGUAUGAGACGCAGACUGCAGACAUUCAAUAUUUACAGAAGGAACUUGAAGCAGUAAAAAAUGUUUGCAAUGAAAACAUCAGUAAAGUUGGAGAAUAUGAGCAAACCAUAUUCGAUCUCAGGACAGAGAUAGCAAAAUCUUCUGAUCAACGAGAGAACUAUGUACUUGAAGUGGAAAAACUUGAAGAAAUUUUGCAAACCCUUCAACUAAAUGUAGCAGCUUCCGAACAUAAACACAAUCUAGAGGUUAUACAACUGCAGCAGCAGAUUACCCAGCUUGAAAAUGAUCUUACAGAUUCCCAGAAAGCUUGUAAUCAGAAGGAUCAGGAAAUAUGGAAAAGAGAUGAUCUCCUGCAGAAGACACAAGCCGAUCUCCUGAAGUCCCAAGAAAAUCUCAAAAAGAAAAUAGCAGAGGUAGAAGAUUUGGACACCAUAGCCAAGGGCCUGAGAGUGGGAAUGCAGGAAUUACAGAAUCAUAUGAAACAGAUUGAUAAAGAAAAUAUAGCACUGAGAACAGAGAUUCAGCAACUAAACCAGGAGCUGCAGGAUAUUCAUCAACAGUACAGAGAGAAGGCUCAAGAGCUUGCAAGUCGAGAGCAGAAGCUCAUUUUACUGGAGUCUAACUUACAAGCUACUGAGAAGCAGCUAAAUGAACAAAUAGCUGAGACAGUUCGACAAGAGAAAAAGCAACAAAAGUUACAUACGGAACUAGAAACACUGAAAGACCACCUUGAAACUACAGAUGAAGAGAUGAACAAGUACAAACAAAUCGAAGCGGAGCUAAGAAGUGAGCUGAAUAUGGAAAGACAACAGCAGCAACAGAAUUUCCAGGAAAUCCUGAAGCAUCAACAUGAUAAUCAGAAGACAGAGUUGGAACUGACCAUUGCUCAAGAUCAAGUCCAAACUCUACAGCAACAGUUUCAACAACAAGAGAAUCUAGUAAGGUACUUACGGGAUGAGCUUAAUCAGGAACAGAGCCAAUAUCAGAAGCAACAAAGGCAGUUGGUUAAAUUAAAGUACCGUACGUCUGAAUUGGAGGCAGAAGUGGAUAAUCUCAAAAUGAAACAAAGAAGCGAAAUGCAGAUGAUUAAGGAUCAGGAACAUCAUAUAUCUAUACUGGAAGAAGAGAUGGAACAGCUGAAAAAUAAAUAUCAUAGUGUCUGUGAGGAGCUCAUGAAAGAGAAGUCCCAAUCCAAAGAUCUUCAAUUAAAGAUGACUACAGCUGAGAAAAAGACAAAUAGCCAUGCUAAAGAGGUACAUGAAUAUGAAGAGAGAAUAACAGAACUUAGUAUUCAGUUGAACCAAGCACUGAAAAAGAACAAGGAAAAUACCAAAGAUUUGGUCACUAAAGAUGAGCAACUGAUUAUGCAUAAAAGGGAGAUGGCUGUCCUAAAUGAGAAGCUCCAAGACAACAUGAAGGAGCUGGAAACUCAGAAAGAGGCUUUGGAAGCUGCACAAAGAGAUAAUAAUCGGUUCCAUGAGGAAAGUGAGUUAAUAGUCUCAAACGUUAAUGAGUGGAUCACAGAGCAAGGGAUUGCAAAUGAAACUUUGGGAACAAAAAUCAAAGAACAAAACCAACUUGUUUCCCACUUAACUGCGGAUAAGGUCCUUUUACAGGAAACCAUUGAAGCUAUGAGUCAAGAAUUGAAGAAAUUGAGAGUUGGGUUAGAAGAAAAGAAAAAUUAUACGGAACAAAUACAGGCAUUACAGACUCAUUCUGCCAAUCAGCAGAUACUUCUCAAUCAACUCAGAGGUCUUCUGGAAGAUCAAGAGCAUGAACAGGAGAGUCAUAUAGCAGAAAAACUUGCAACUAUUGAAGACAUGCAUAACAGAUCAAAGGCCAGUAUUCAGUCAAUUCAGCUGCUGAACCAACAGUUAAAUACACUCAACAGAGAAAAUCUAAAACAGAAAAGAGAGUUGGAAAAAGAACAGCUCCUCCGUCAUCAACUUGAACUCCAGUUAGAAACCUUUGGUGAGACUAUCCGAUCCCUUAGGAGGCAACUGAAGGAUCAAAGAGAUCUGGAACAUCUACCAAGUCAGCAAGUAUCUUUACCUGAAAGGGCUAUGGCUUCUGAUCCGGCAACCCUUUUAAACUGCUCCUCUGGACCUGAGGCAAAGCCAAUCAAUAUUUCUCAAAAGGAGAGAGUUGAAGAAUUAACCAGAGAGGAUCUAGAAGAAUCAGAGAUAACUGAUCCAAUGGUACCAAACAAAUCUUACUGGAUCCAGCGAGUUGGAGAGCUUUCUGCUCAGCUGCAAGAGAGCACUGAAUACUGGACAGGAAAAAUGAAUGAACUAACUAAGGAAAUUGAGCAUGUUACUUCAUGCUCUUCCAAAACAUAAUGGCUCCUGAAUUAUCAAGUUCAGAAGACUCUUGGGAAAAGAAUGAUAAUUAAAAGUCUCCUUGGAUAAAGGAUUUUUAUGUUCAUAACAAGAUGUUAAUAGGAAUAAAAUAAUACCAAUAACCUCAUAUUAAAAUUAUUAGUAAUGUAAAAUUUGCAUGAAAUAUUUACUAA